CCUAGCCAGUGCGCUUCGUUCGGGGAGCACCUGCUAGAAAGAGCCGAGCCUCCGGACCCCUCCCUGCCUCUGCCCAUUGGCUGCCAAGUGACACCGGGGGGCGGAUCCGCCUCGCCCCCUGCCGCCCUGCCCAUAUUUAGCCGGUGGCGCUGGCGCUUUGGCCGCUUAGCUCGCAGCACGCCGACUGGUCGCGUCGAGGUUUAGUUUCAUUUGCAGUCUCCCUUUAGAAACGCACCGAGGGCAUCGCCACUCCCGACCUCCGCAGUGCUUGGAUUGGAGCCGCCUCGGCGCCGCCAGACUCCCCAGCAAGAUGCCGCGCUCUUUCCUGGUGAAGAAGCAUUUCUCGGCCAGCAAGAAGCCCAAUUACAGCGAACUGGAAAGCCAGACUGGUAGGCUCGCUGCACCGGGUGGGGAAGGGAUGGACCAGAAGGAGGAGGGAUGGCGGCGCUGAGCCGGUUUGGGGGGGACGGGGGGGACUGCCAGGCGCAAUUUGGUGCGCCCAGGGCGGGCGAGCGCACGUGGGCGCACGGAGAGGGCGUGAGCCUCGGGUCAUCCGUGCGCUCGGUGGGUUCCCCGGUUGCUUGAGGGUUAAGCAUGGAUGGGUCGAUCGUUAAAACUUAAGCGGUAUAUCCUGUUGGGGGCAGAUGCGCGCCCGCGACGCAGCGCUGAAGCCGCUGCUAUGGCAGGGAGCUGUUAACUGGUCUUUCGGCUCUUUCAAGUCUCCAAGGUUUGGCGGCAACUUUCUGCAGUUGGCUGGGAGUCAGUCCCGUUGGACACGGUGUGGAGACUUGUUUAGAACAGCACGGUUAAGUUCUAGACCGGGGAGGGAGGACCUGCUGGACUACAGCUCCCAUCGCCCCUGAGUAUAAAGUUAUGGUGGCUGGGGUUGAUGGGAGAUGGAGUCUCAACAACCACUGGAGGCCACAGCUGCCCUAGCCCUGGUGCCAACCUAGUGAUGCUGGUGCUCCCUAGGUGACUUGAGAGUUUAUUGCUUGCUUCUGAUUCAUGCUGUGGGAGUAACCUAGUUGUGAUGCUGUCAUAUACUUUGAAGAAAGUUGGUUUUGUUUUCCAAGCACUGGAAAACAGGUGGCGCUGGGAGAGCUAAGCCACCAAAUAGCUCAAUUGGCUAGAGCGUGGUGCUCAUAGCGGCAAUGUUACAGGUUCGAUCCUGGUGUGGGAUAGCUGCAUAUUCCUGCAUUGCCAGGACUAGUAGACGAUCCUCAGGGUCCCUUCCAACUCUACAGUUCUGAUUCAUGGAGGGUGGGGAAUGUUGUGGAUAAGGAAGGAUCCAGCACCUGCCUAAGUUUUCUCCAGUGCUGCAUGCUCACUUUAUAACCAUUGGCUUUUUAAAAAAAUAUCUUUGCAGUGAUCGUCUCCCCGUGUUUUUAUGAGAAGUACCCCAUCUCAGUCAUCCCCCAGCCUGAUCUGCUGAGUGCUGGUUCCUACUACCCUCCACUUGUAUGGGACACAGGGCUGCUCUCCAAUUUCUUCACCUCUGAGCCGGAGUACAAGAAAAGUGCCACUUCUCCACCCAGCCCUGGCUCCAAACCUCUGGACCUGACCUCCAGCGAAGAGGAGGAUGGCAAGACGACCUCUGACCCGCCCAGCCCAGCUUCUUCUGCCACCGAAGCGGAGAAAUUCCACUGCAGCCAAUGCAACAAGUCCUACUCCACCUUUGCAGGCCUUUCCAAGCACAGACAAUUGCACUGCGACUCCCAAGCCAGGAAAUCUUUCAGCUGCAAAAACUGUGAGAAGGAGUACGUGAGCCUGGGAGCUCUCAAGAUGCACAUCCGAAGCCAUACCCUGCCCUGCGUGUGUAAAAUUUGCGGCAAAGCCUUCUCCAGGCCUUGGCUCCUGCAGGGCCACAUCAGAACGCACACUGGUAAAGCCAUUCUUCUGUUUGUUUCUGGUCACUCUUAUCUCUUCUCUCACCCCAGCCCCCUCCUCCUCCUCUCCCCAUUGCUUCCAACCUGAUUCAAGUCAACACUGCAUGCAGUUUAUCUAGGAGAUAAGGGAUUCUCUCUCUCUCUCUCUCUGAAAAAAAAUUACUUGCUAACCAACAUUUCUGAGCAAAAUCCACCUGCAAUCCCUCCCAAAUUCAGUUCCCUAUUUGCAAACAAUGCAUGGGAGCAGAUUUGCACAUUGGGGGAUGUGCUUCUGUUUGUGGCAGAUCGUUGGUUGCUUUUAUUCCAACUCCACACAGUGAAGCAAUUAUCUGAUUAGUCCAGCAUGUACCCCAAUCCCUCCUCCCUUUCCUUCUCUUUCCAUGUGGCUCAUCCUGGCACAGUGCAGUGUGCACUGUGCUCUGGGCCCGUGGCAGUGAGGAAGUGAUCCAUAUCACGUUACUGCGCCCGCAAACUUGGCAUGCACACCCACCCUGUCAGCUCAGCAGGCUGCUCAGUCAUGUGAACUGUCCUUGAGUCACUCUUGCACAAAGGGGCACUCUGACUGGAAAGGGCUUUGCACCAGAGAGCCUCGCAGUCCAACGCUGCAGGCAUGUGUAAUGUCAACACAGAGGCUGGGGAUGGGCUCUAAUGAAAUACUCUCCUUGGGGGUUUAAGCAGCAGGCAUUUCCUUCCUCACCCCCACCUUCUCUAUAGCUCCCUGUAUUCCAAGGAUGAGCGAGGUGUUGCUCAGGGGUGUUGUGGAGGGGAGAAUAGUGCUUUUAAUUGCUUCAUUUGAACACAGCUCUCAUCCCAGAGGGCUUCCCUCUGGCACACAAAUCCUCCCCUUCAAGGAGACAUAAGCUUGCUUCCCUGCACAAAAGGUGCUGUUGGGAUGCAUCAUUCCAGGCCUUGUUGAUUUGCAUUGUUCCACUAAUGGGUAACUGCUGGAGGAGGCGGGAAGUACCUUGGAAAGAGGAGGGGGGGGGAAGAGAGAGGUGACCUGUCAGCCCAGGCAGGUGCUUUUAAUGUAGCCAUGCUGCUUUCCCCCCCUGGUGCACCUGUUACUGUAUCGCCCCAGGCUGAACACCAGACUCCACAGCUGCCAGGCUGUGGAAGCUCUUUUAGCUUUUAAUCCAAGGAGUAUCACAUUCACAAUGCAUCUCCCUCCAAGCCGGCCUUUGUGCCUGUUGCCGGGAUGGUUUAAUUGUUACUUGGUGCUGAUUUCACACCCUCUUAGAGGUUCUAAAGAUGUUGCCUGAAGGAAGCCAGAAAGACUUAAUUGUGCUUUUUUCCAAAUUGAGCACGCCUGUUUGUUAGUUCCAAAAGAACUUCUCUGACAGGAAUUCAUCCUGUUUAGUCUUUUCAGCAUGGAAGAGUUUGAAGCGGAUGGUGCAGGGCCUGGGGGGGGGGGCGGGUGGAGGGAAGGAAGGAGUGGAGAGCAGGGAAGCCGCUCUGGGAAGGAUAUAGCUAUACUUGGAUCUGUGAAGCUUCCAGGGCAGCCAGACUGAUGCAAUUAGUGCUUUGCGUUUUGCGCAGCUCACAGUGAGCCAACAGAUGAGAUAAUUUGCAUGUUGCACGAUGCAGAAUUAUUAUUAUUUUUUUGGCUUGUCAAACGAGACUUCUGAAUGACUUACCUGCUGGAGCAAAUGCCCACUGCUCUGCAUGUUUACUCAAAGUUAAGUCUUACUAUGGUUUAUAGAGCUUACUUCCUGGAUCAAUUUGUAAAUUUACUGAAACUGAAGUCCCAUCCAUGGUCAAAAUUUAGCCGAUGGGAGAGAGAACCAUUUGUCCCCUUGAAGUCAGGAGCUGAAAAGUGCUUAUCUUCCAAUGAAGCUCUCCUCCUAACACCUGAUCUUGAAGCCAUUUAAAUGGAAAUAAAUUCCACCGAAAUUGGUAGGAACUAAUUUCCAUCUGCUUCAAGCUGCUUACAAAUGGGUUGACUCUUUCUUACCUGUUUGAUCCUGGGUACCUCAUUUAAAUAUACAUUAGCUUGGCUUCCUGUUACCUGUUUCUUCAAACCAUUAAACUUGCAGGUGCAUGGGCCAGUCUGGGAACUUUGGGUUUAACAUUCCCUUCUACUUUUGUCUCCAUAGGCGAGAAACCGUUUUCCUGCACACACUGCAACAGGGCCUUUGCUGACCGCUCCAACCUCCGCGCCCACCUGCAGACUCACUCUGAUGUCAAGAAGUACCAGUGCAAAACCUGCUCCCGGACUUUCUCCAGAAUGUCACUUCUCCACAAACAUGAAGAAACGGGCUGCACUGGGGCGCGCUGAGAGAUCUUCCCUCUUGCAUCUUAGGAAAAGAAGAAGAAAAAUACUACAGACUCUCCUCCAUGCCAAUGCAUAUAUUGUAACUAGCGCCUCUAGGAAUAUAGUUUUUCCCAUUUGAGUUCAGCUGCCAGGGCAAAACUUGUCUUCUACCUGCUUCAGGCCUCGCAGUGACAUUCAGAAUAUUUCUCCCUCUCCCUUUGAUUUUAAAAGUCUGGUUCCGCACUCCCUGGCCACGGCAGAAUGCUUCUUGGUUUAGGCAGAGUGAGGCUGGUUUGCAAAAACAACAAGCAUUCUGAUGUUUUAUUAGUGUAAGGACUCUUCAGAAAGUGCUCAGCAUCUCCCAGUAUUGAGCCUUACACCUAGCUGGCCUGAAGGACCACAGUAUUUUUAAAAUUUUAUUUCUGGGGGUGUUGGGGGAAGAAAAAAUAAUCUGCUGUUAACUGUUGACCCAGAAUUGAUAUGCCUCUCAAGGAGGACAAAAGCAAAGUGUUCCCAACAACCCCCACUCAAUUCUCUCUUGCUCUAAGCGUUGUAUAUACCCCCCAAACACACCCUCCCAAGAAGGUGUAACUAUGCAGUAAUACAGUAUUGCAUUAGCUCCAAGGCAGCUGCUUCCCCCACCAGCACAAUGAUAAUUUGCAAUGCCUCAAAGAUUAACAAUGUCUAUAGAAGGCACUGGGUAGCCAUUUCAAACAAGACUCCUGUUUACAGAGCAGCUAUGCACUCAAGCACCUGUUAAUAUGACUUCUUUUAACAACUGCUUUUCAAAAGAACUGUGACUAAUAGCAGGCACUUGUCAGGCGAUACAAUAGCAGCCUGUGUAGAGAGGCUGCCCAUUGACAGGUGUGUGCCAAAAGAACUAUUUAUGGUUAUUGACAGGUGCCUCCUGAAUGCAUCUUUCUUUUGUACAUUGUUUCCACAUCAUAAACAACAGGAAGAAAAAAAAGAGAAAAGGGUAUGUUUACAUUUCAAAGGUACACUGGUAUUUAUAUAUUUUUGUGCCACGAUUUUAUACUGAUUCAAAACUUUUUUAUAUAUAAUUAUAUACAAUUUAUUGAUAUUCAAUAAAAUGGUUAAUUUAU